CAGAGCCGCAAAAUACUCUUCUAACUUGACAUCCACAGACAAAAUGUCAGCACCAGGUCGAGGCAGAAAGAGGAAGCUGCUGACUCGUCAGCCAGAAGAGACUGUUGCUAAUGUUGUCGAUGAGACGGAGCGAUUUGCUUCUCUUGAACUGGACGACUCUGGAAGUGAAGCCCCUUCUGUUGCAAGCGGGAGCGCUUCCGAGGUUGAAAUAGAGGGAGAGGACGAGGAAGAUUCCGAUAAUGAAGGAGAGUCAAACGGCAAAGUAACUGGACUCAUUGAGGAAGAAUUGCGGGCUCUCAAGCCCACGAGAGCCUCACGGAGCCGCCGAAAUGCUGCAGGUGCCAACGGCGAGGACGAGGAAGCGAGCGACGACGACGCUGAGGAUUCCGAUGAAGCAGGGUUUGAACAAGUCGACGAGAAUGAUCUUGAGCUCAACUAUACCGUGUCGACCGACGCCAAUGGCAACCCGCGGUACAUCUACAAAGAAAUCGAACCUGGCUACGAAACGGAUGAUUCCGACGCCCCGGACAACGAGAACACGAUCGGGGACAUCCCUCUCACAUUCUACGACGCAUACCCCCAUAUCGGCUAUGAUAUCAACGGCAAGAAAAUCAUGCGGCCCGCCAAGGGCGAUGCGCUGGAUACCUUGCUCAACAGUAUUGAGCUGCCAGAAGGCUGGACCGGGUUGACCGACCCAGCGACUGGCAAACCUCUCGAGCUCACCCAAGAGGAGCUGGAAAUGCUGAAGAAGAUCACGAGGAAUGAAAUACCCGAGGAAGGGUAUGAUCCUUACCCAGAGAUGUUUGAUUACUUCUCGCGGCAGACGGAGAUCAUGCCUCUCAGCGCUGCGCCUGAACCAAAACGACGAUUCGUCCCAUCCAAGCAUGAGGCGAAGAAGGUCAUGAAGAUCGUGAAGGCUAUUAGGGAGGGAAGGAUCCAGCCGUAUCGUCCCCCGGAGGAAACGGAAGAAGAGGAGACCGAUCCUUGGACAUUCGAUGUUUGGGCAGACGAGAAGCCCAGGCCUGAUCACCCAAUGAACGUCCCUGCACCGAAGCUCCCUCCUCCGGGCUACGAAGAGAGCGUUCACCCACCUCCCGAGUACCUGCCCGACCAAGAAGAGAAAGACACGUGGCUGGCCCAGGAUCCUGAGGAGAGAGAGAAGGAAUUCCUUCCUAGCGACUAUGAUGCAUUGCACAAGGUUCCUGGGUACGAUCGGUUCGUUAAAGAACGCUUUGAGCGGUCGUUGGACCUCUAUUUGGCACCUCGCGUGAGGAGAAGCAAGCUGGACAUCGAUCCCGAAUCACUCCUACCCAAGCUUCCAAAUCCCGAAGAGCUAAGGCCUUACCCUACCACGUGUGCCGCAGUCUUUUCUGGGCAUGAGGGACGAGUCCGCAGUAUUGCAGUUGAUCCCACCGGCACGAUCCUGGCCAGCGGAGCGGACGACGGCACCGUACGAUUGUGGGAACUUCUCACUGGGCGUCAGCUCCAGAGAAUCAGGAUUGGGGACGAACCAAUCAACGCUGUGCGAUGGCGGCCUGGACGAGAUGCCUUGAUUUUGGCUGCCGCUUCGGGCAACGAGGUCUACUUCGUUAUCCCACUGACGAUUCCCAACAUGACUCCAGCGGUGGAGUCUGCCAGUCGGACCGUGUUGGACAUGGGCUUCGGUCAUGCUACCGGCAAGGGCGACACCAAUUCCGCCUCGCAGAAAAUCCCAGGAUCUACGUGGAGUCGUCCGGGGUCGAAGUUAGAAGAGCAAGGCGUCCUCCUGAAAAUCGUGGUUCGAGCCACCGUCAAGGUCAUCUGCUUCCACCGACGCGGCGAAUACUUCGCUACCGUCGCGCCAUCCGGUCAAUCUCACGCGGUUGCUAUCCACACCCUAUCUCAGCACCGCACCCAGCUGCCGUUCCGAAAACUGAAGGGCCUUCCUCAGACCGCGACAUUCCAUCCCAGCAAACCGCUCUUCUUCGUCGCCACCCAACGUUCCGUCCGGAUCUACGACCUCAGCCGACAGCAGCUCGUCAAAUCUCUCCAACCCGGCGCGAAAUGGAUCUCGUCCAUCGACCUACAUCCCGGAGGCGACAACCUCAUCGUCGGCGCCUAUGACAAGCGGAUGAUGUGGCAUGAUCUGGAGCUGUCCAUCCACCCGUACCGCACGUUACGAUUCCAUACCAAGGCUGUGCGUGCCGUGAAGGUUCACCCGGGUGGAUUGCCAUUGUUUGUCGACGCGAGCGAUGAUGGCACGUGUCAGGUGUACCACGGCAGGGUGGUGGAUGACCUAAUGGAGAACGCGACAAUCGUGCCGUUGAAGACGUUGCGUGGUCACAAGGUGACGAGCCAGCUCGGCGUACUGGAUGUAGAUUGGCAUCCGCGGAAUCCUUGGUGUGUUACUGCUGGCGCGGAUGGUACUUGCAGGCUUUGGACUUGAUAUAUUUUCUGUUGGCACGUCGAUAUCCACUAUGCUGAAUAUAACUUUUUCCGUUGUUCUCCAAGUCAUCUGAUUGGUGUCUCAGUGAAGGUCGUCUGCGAUUGAAUUAUCAAGUGACCAGCAUAUAAUAGCUUCUCCGCCCAAUUUGCGGCACCUUAUUUGAACGCACUGGUGCUGGUUUCAUUAUUGGGGUGCCGAAGAUGAAGCGGAAGAUCCGGGAUGUGAACGUUUAUAUAUGAAACAACCCAUCUCCACACCCAGCGAACAUAUUGUCUCUUUGGGAGCUC